AUGGCUACAACGGAAACAGUUGUAUCCAAUCGGAUGGCAUCCGGCGUAUAUCUUCAUGCUGCUGAUACGUCGACAAGCGCAUACGUCGACCACUUGCCGUCCUUGAACUCUAGCCUGACAUCAUCACUAAGUGCUGACAAAGCGGCCUAUGAUAUAUUUAACUCAAUGGUGGUGUGUCUAAUCAAUGGCACCAUGAUGAACUCCACCCAUUGCGACAACCACACCACAAACGCCACUAACACCACCAGCCUGUCAGCACAUGUUCUUCCACAUUCUGUAUGGCUAACAGUCUUCCUAGGUCUUCUUGCCGGGAUCGUUAGCAUUGUAACCAUCUUUGGCAACAUCACAGUACUCCUGGCGUUCGGUUUGGAGCGAACGAUUCGCCAGCCAACCAACUACUUUUUAGCCUCUUUAGCAGUUUCGGAUUUGUUGAUAGGUACGUUCUCCAUGCCUUUAUACACCCAAUAUUUACUAUGGGGAAAAUGGCCGUUGGGACCAUGGUCAUGUGACCUGUGGCUUAGUCUUGAUUGGACCGUUUGUUUGACCUCACAGUAUACAGUGUUUCUCAUCACAAUGGACAGGUUUCUCAGCGUGAAGAUCCCGGCGAAAUACCGCAAUUGGCGGACAGAGAAGAAGGUUAUGGUUAUGAUAUCUGUCACCUGGAUACUCCCAGCAAUUGUGUUUUUCACAUCCAUUAUCGGGUGGCAGUAUUUCGUGGGCGAGCGGAAGGUUGCAGACGAAGUGUGCGAGGUGCAGUUUAUGAGUGAACCAAUGUUUACUUUUCUUCUUACAAUCGGUUAUUAUUGGAUAACACUAGUAGUGAUGUGCAUCCUGUAUGGGGGAAUUUACAAAGUGGCCCUGGACUUACAGCGAAAAUCUGACGCUAAACACAAGAAGAUGCAAUCUACAAUGGAAUUAGCCGGGGAUAACCCUAAUGCGGCUAUUCGUAGCUUCGGAGGUGAUGGAGAGGGAGCCAGUAAUAACAGUAGCGGAGGGGGAGACAGCCAUGCUCAAUCCACGCCGCAGAAUAAUAUCAAAAACAAGAAGAAUAGUCGGAAGUCUCUGAAAGCCGCCUUGCCGUGUCCGCCAUGUGGACAGGCUGUGAACACUACCAGUUUUAGCACUGGGAAAGCAGCAGUGGAUAAAGACGACGACCGGUCAAGCAGUCCAGCGUUUGCUUCUGACGAUGAGAACAGUAGCAGUGGGGGAGCAGUUGCUCCUGGGAAACCUCCUCUGACCUCAGUCAAAUCAAAACCACCUGCAAGUGUCGCCAACAACACAGCUGUUUCCAACACGGGCGGUCUGGUUCGAUCUAUACAUGCAGAAAGACUAAUUUCACCGCCUACUAACCGUCAGGAAAAUGAGAACCUUCUAAUACCUCCAUACGGUUACUCUAAAACCGACGCCAAAUCCGGCAGCGAUACAGGCUCGGACGUGGACGAACCACCCCCUCGUGGAUUUAGCAAUAUUUACUCAACAGAAGCAUCCGAUCGCAUGGAGAAACAAACCACGCCGCUUCUACAGAACGAGGUGAACAGAGGGUGUCGAUUUAUUGACGAGAAGAGCUUCUUGGCUAUUCUAAGCUCCGAGAACGCCGCUCUGCUGCCAGUGACGACCGGAGAGUCCGAGAUGGACGACUCAGAUAUUCUAGACAUCAACACGGCAUCGCCUAUCUGGAAAAGACGGGCGUCGUUGCCUCCUCUUGCCUCUGACGUUUUUGAUAUCGAUGAUAACGUCAGCGAGAGUUUUAUCAACACCGACUUCAGUAUCGCCACCGAGUUUCCAGUGACGUCCAGCACAACCGUAUCUGGCUACAGCAAGUACACCAACGGAGACCAGCGACCCCGAGCUGACACUGCCAAUACUAUGACAUCAGUGACCACCGUUGCUGACACUGGAGCGGAUGACAGCAAUAGCAACAAAUCCACAAGCGUGAACCCGGUCGCCAACGCAGCCGGACACGGCAACAACAUCAACUGUACCAACCCUCCGCCAUCAGAGACCAACACAAAUGAAGACAGCUCCCGGUCGGACACCCUUUGUCUCUCCGCCGUCCGACGGCGUCGGGAAAAAGACACCCGUUUACACACAUUUGUCAAAUCCGUCCGUUCCCGCAAUAGCCGUCGACGGAACCGAAGAGAAAGAAAGUCAAAGUCAGAAAAUCGAGCCCGAAAAGCAUUACGGACUAUAUCCUUUAUAUUAGGGGCGUUUGUCUUGUGCUGGACUCCUUAUCACGUGGCUAUCAUGAUCAUGGCAAUGUGUAGUAACUGCGUCAAUAUGAACUUAUACGCAUUCUCUUAUUGGUUAUGCUAUUUGAACAGCCCUAUCAAUCCAUUUUGUUACGCUUUUGCCAAUGCUCAGUUCAAAAGAACGUUUAUUAGAAUAAUGAGAUUCGAUUGGCAUAGAACAUAG